GAGGCGAGGACCCACCGGCCACCGAGCACCACCAAAGCAAAGAUACCAAUUCCCAAGGAGAGGAGAGAAUCCAAACACGCAUCCCCCGUGCGCUCCGGCCCACAGAUCCCCCGCCCCGCACCGCGUGUCGUCGCUUCCUCCGGCCCUCAACACGCAACCGCAACCCUACCCCACACUCCCGCGGGCCAACGUCUCCCCCGUCCUCAAUCCGGCACGAGCCCUACCGCAGCGCCCAUGGAGAUCUCCGCCGCCGCGGCCGCCUCCUCGCCGCUCUCCAAGCCGCUCCUUCUCCGGCCCCUCGCUUCCUCCUCCCACCCCUCCCCCUCCACUACCUCCGUCCGCCGCCGAUCCUCCCCCUCCUCUUCUGCCACCGCCACCGUCCGCCGCCGCGCGCGCACCCGCCCCCGCAGGGGCCGGUCCAAGCCCCCCGCCGAUGCGGGCGACUCAUUCUCCGGCGACGACGGCCCCGGCCUCGGCGGCGGCGGCAGCGACGGCGGUAAAGGCGGGUGGAACUGGAACCACUGGUUCGGGUCCGGAUCGGGGCCCGACUGGGAACCGGAUGUCCCGGCCCCCCGGAGGUCGGCGGCGGAGGCGGCGCUCGGGGUCGUAUACGAGCUCAUGUGUCUCAUCGCGCUCUCCAACUGCACCCAAUUCGCCGUGCGCAGGCUCGCCGGCCUCCUCGCCGCGCGCGUCGCGGCGCUGCGCUUCGUCCCCACCGUCUGCUGAUGAUUCGUGCGGUUUGUUUCCUCUUCCUCUGCCCGCCUGCCUGAAAUCCAAUUCUGUAUAUAUGUCUGUCUGCACCUGUGAUUUUCAGGAAGGGUUUGGGUUUGGGGGAUCGGGAUCUCUGUUUGUUCCUAGGUGCUCGCUUCUAGCGAUGAUGCCGUGGAACGGCAACAAAAUUCGUCGAAUUGAAAUGGAAGAACAAAUAAUAAUAACUUCUUUUAUUUAGUUUUCUUUAUUGGACUUAAGAUUGAUCGCUUGAUGCAAAUUAUCUUAUGAUGCAGCGUGAUGCAAUCUGCUGCUUGUGUAUAUAUGUCUCCUGUAAUCUAUUCUCUGGCUACGCUGCUAUUCGAGGCGUACCAGAAACAAUGUAUCUUAGAAAUCAAAUGGAUAUUACUUGGUAACUUAGUUUGUA